AUGUCGAAGCAGCGCAAGUACAAGGACGUCCGCGAGCCCCAGAAGCCGACCAUCUACCAGACGAUUGGCGGUAUCUCGUCGUACCCGCGCCCGGCCGAGGUGGACCCCGAGCAGCUGCUCGACAAGCGGCCGCUGCUCGGGUUCCUCCCCCCGCCCGAUGAGGAGGCGCCGCGCCAGCCAACUCGCCUACCUCUCCGGCCACCACCGAUCGGCUGGGUGAGCACGUACCAUGCCGCGCCGGCGGCGUACCCGCGCCUGAUGCGCGAGCAACACGGCAACCUCUCGCACGGGUCGUACCCCUGGGGCCCGGUCCCCCCGGGGCCCAACGAGACCGCCGCGGAGCGCAGCGAGCGGAUUGAACAGGACGCCAUUGUUGCCGUGAGAGGCCGAUACGACGCCAAGGUCCACUGCCGCCCCGCCAAAGCAGUGGAUCUCGAGCGCUGGCGCCGGUUGAAACCUGUGGGCGGGUACACGCUCGUGUUUGCCCAUGCCGGCGGGUUCCAGAAGGAGCACUGGCACGAGAUUGUGCGAGAGGUGAUCCAAGGCCACGGCCCGGGCCGCGCGGCAUUUGGCGGCGGCUCGCUCUCUCGGCCGGCCGACGGCGAGAUUGACGAGGUCUGGAUGUUUGACGACCUGGUUCACAACGAGUCGGUCACGCUCAACAAGGGGCGGCUCGGCCCUUACCAGUCAUGGGAGGACACUGGACGCGACGCGCUGAACCUCGUUGCGCAUGUCAUUGCUGCUGUCCCGAUCGGGGCUGAUGCCCCAUGGGACUUGCCAUGGGUUGCCAACCCCGCUCCGCGGCAGCACCUGAUCGGUGCUGGCCACUCGUUUGGCGCCGCUGGGUUACUCAAUGCCGCGCAUGAGCGCCCGGAGCUGUUUGAGGCCCUCUUCGUGGUUGACCCCGCCUCGAUCCCCCACUUCAUGGCCCGGGAAGCAGGCUACGACGACCCGAUCAGCACGUCGCCCCUCACGCCGAUCAUCAUGUCCCGCCGCGCCGUGUGGCCGUCGUUCGCCGAGGCCCGGCGCGCGAUGCGCGCGACGCCGUUCUUCGGGCGCUUCUCCGAGCCCCAGUUCGAAAUCUACCUCCGCCGCGGGCUCAUCCUCGUCGACCCGAGCCGCAUCGACGGGCCAGUCACCCUCGCGACGCCGGUGUGGGCCGAGGCGGCGACAUUCACCGAGAUUGAUGCCGGCGCGCGGACGUACGACAAGCUGCCCGAGCUCAAGGUGCCCAUUGGCUGGGUCAUGGCGGGUGACUCGGGCACGACGCGCGGAGACGACUACACCCAGCACAUGGUGUGGCGUGCGCCGCGGUCGCGCAACGAGAGACACUUGAAGUCGGGGCAUUUGGUGACACAGGAGGAACCACACCUCGUCGCGGAAAGUCUCACUCGGUUCUUGAACACCUUGGCGUCGGGCGAGUGGGACAUACAGGCCCCGGCGGCCUCGGCACGGCUGUAG